AUGAACACCGCGUUAACCGUCGCAGGGGUCAGCACUCUGCGCAGCACCAACAGCUCAAACUCGUCGGGUUCGGGGCGGAACAAUUCCCGCAGUUCCAGACGCACGGCGGGCCAGCCGAGCCAAGAUAUCCUUGAGGUGCACGAGCUCCAUGAGGCGGACCAGGCGGAGGCGGCUGCAAGGCUUAUGGCAGAUAUGGCGGCCAGUGGUGACGGCGCAGACACCGUGGUUGAUUCUUCAGCGACGUCUGCCUUCCGGCUGCCGCAGCCUGCUCCCGCGGCCGCACAGGGACAUGCUGGGCUCAACGUGCUUGUGAUUCAAGCAAACUGGCGCAUGAACCCCAAACACAAGGCCAUUCUGAACGCGACGGCCGUCGUCUGCGUCGUCAGCUUUGUGUUGUACUUGGGAGCGUCAAUGUGGAUUCGCGUCAUCGACCGCGGUGUUUUCCGUGCCUUCUACAAGCGGGCGCCUCACGCGGACCACGCAGAUCUGCCGCUUUUUUCAGGGUGCGCGGAGGUAGCAUGCCACAAGUACAUGGCUGCCAUCGAGCUCUCGAUCAACAGAUCUCAAGACCCAUGCCAAAAUCUGUACCGAUUCGUUUGCGACCGUUGGAGAGACCCAAAUCGUCUACUCUCUGUUGUGGACGCUGCGGAAGCCGCUAUGUAUGGUCGCGCGCACAGUGCCAUCGAGUGGCGCUCUGAAGACGUUAGCGGCCUUCGUUCUGUUGGGAAGUCUGCAUUUGGUGUCGCGAACAAGGUCGCUGGCCUUGUGAAGUCAUGCAAGGAGAUAUCACAGGGUAGCUUGCCUGAACUUAAACGGUUCAUGGCCGAACGCCAUCUCCCAUGGCCAAUGACAUCUCGCUGGGAUCUUUUGGAGAUAUUGCUGGACCUGUCUGGCAACUGGAAUUUGCAUCUGUGGUUCCACGUGAGCUUCGAGCUGGCUCCCUUUCGUGGUGGAACAGGGGAGCCCGUACUCAGAAUUGGCCACAGCGUUGCCUUCCAUACCUGGAUCACCACCAUGCGGAUGUUCGCCGGCCAACGAGCUCGCGCAACAGCUUCCUUGCGGUACAGGAGGUAUGUGCGAACCAUGCUGGACAUAUUCGGUGCUACCGAAACGGUCCGAGAUGAAGUCGCCGCCAAGAUCGAGGCGAUGGACCGGCUCACACUGGAAGUGCUUGGUCCUGCCAUGGCCGAACCAGACUCGAGAAUACUCCGGACGUCGAUACGCAAUCUCACAGGAACAGCAACACCGGGCAUUGCUGCUGGUCGGCUGUUGCUUCUCUUAAACGAGUACUUUAUCUGGGCACGCCGCUUCACAGCGCAAGACAUUGUGCAAGUCGAAAAUGUCGGCCUUCUUCGGGCCGUCGUCUACCUCCUGGGACUCAGGUCCGAAGUGCGGGAGGCACUCACGCUCAGCUUAGGCCUUCGCGUCGCUCAAGAGCUGGGCUGGAUGGCGAGCCGAGAGAUCGCAGAUGUGACACUGGAGCUUACCGGCCUGCCUUCGUCGGCACACUGGCAUCGUUGCCUGAUGCAGGUAGAAAACACCGUGGGCAGCGAAUGGCUGAGCUUGUUUCCGAAGAGUCGUGAAGCGGAGGAACUCAUUCAUGACGUACGAGACAUUCUCGCUGGUGUCUUGGAGCGCCACAAGAAAAGCCCCCUCCAGCUUCAGGCCCCGAGUGCCACUUUACUGCGCAAUGAGAGCUUCUUGGCGACCAUGCUGCCAGAGCCAAGGCACGGAGCUCGCUUUUUCGUCGACUGGUUGAAGCUUAUGAGCGGGCGCUGGCGACUCCUGGAACAAGACAUGACCAACGUGAUCAAGCCAGGUUCCUUUCUUAGCCAGCGAUGGAGCCUGCACGCCGCCCUCACUGUCGCUGAAGACUACUUUGUGUUCCCUCUGUUCCACCCAGACUUUCCAGCAGCCGUAAACUACGGCGGUGCUGGACGCCUCAUUGCUGACGAGGUGCUCAGGGGACUCUACCGCGAUAGCCUGUACGAGAGCCCCUUCGGCAGCCAUGUCAGUCGCAAAGAUUACGUACAGCAGACCAACGGCACUACCAGUACGACUGAGAACUGGUCGCCGCAUAUUGUAGACUCGAAGGCUCUGUUAGCCAGCCUAGCUGCCUACAGGCUAAGUGCCGCCCGACACCCAAACAUCGCAUACCCGACCGAGUCGAGCCUUGCACAAGACAGACUGUUUUUCGUAGCAUCCUGCUACGCACUUUGCUCCAGCGCCAACUAUGUGGACGUGUUGUACGGUGACGCGAGCCAUCGCUGCAAUGAGCCCGUCAAAACGCUGCCAGAGUUCGUCGCAGCGUUCAAAUGCGCAAAACCGCAACCGGUGUAA